CUAUGUGACAUGGCUCAUUCACAAUACACUGUAGAUCCUCCGCUGAGGUUUUACUCGCGUAAUCCGCGGCGGCGAAUCCGCCUAAUGUGGCAUCAGCCUAAAAGGGAUUAUUUAACUGUUAAAUGUCAAAUCACUUUGCACUGUAUCUUCGAUAUCGCGAAUUACGUUGUUGUUCAGUGUAUCAUGUCCUUCCUAUUUGGACGUACUAAGCUCAUAUCCGGUCAUUCGCGCCGUCGAAUGAGUGUGAUUGCAUCGGUUUUGCGAUACCAUGAAUUCGGUGAUCCAGCAAAGGUUCUUCAACUUCAGCAGGAAACAAUCUCCGAUCCCACCGGCGACGAAGUUCUUAUCAAAACACUCUGUGCACCAAUCAAUCCUGCGGAUAUUAAUACAAUCCAAGGCAAGUACCCGGUGAAACCACAAUUCCCAGCGGUAGGCGGAAAUGAAUGCGUUGGCGAGGUGGCUGCCGUCGGAAGCCAAGUUAAUGGUCUCAAAGUAGGCGAUCGAGUUGUUCCGUUUGCCACGGGUCUAGGAACCUGGCGAUCGCAUGCGGUGUGCAAAGCGGCUAAUCUGAUGAAGGUUCCGCCAAACAUUGGAAUUGCAGAGGCUGCCACAAUCACAGUUAAUCCUUGCACUGGAUACAGGAUGCUGAAGGAUUUUGUGUCGUUAAAGCCGGGAGAUACAGUUAUACAAAAUGGGGCAAAUUCUGCGUGCGGACAGGCAAUCAUUCAGCUCUGCCGAGACUGGAAUGUUCGGUGUGUUGGCAUCGUGAGGGAUAGACCCGAUUUCAGCAAACUGAGAGAUUAUUUGAAAAAUCUCGGAGCAGCUGAAAUAUUAACGGAGGAAGAGCUCAGAUCGACCAAGAUAUUCAAGGAUGGAAUAUUUAAGAAACCAAAGCUAGCACUCAACUGUGUCGGUGGGAAGAAUGCGUUGGAAAUGUCUCGCAAUCUGGAUAAUCACGGCAUCAUGGUAACGUAUGGAGGAAUGUCCCGGGAGCCGGUUACAGUGCCUACGGCAUCACUGAUAUUCAAGGACUUACGAUUCGUCGGUUUCUGGAUGACCCGGUGGACUAAAGAGAACGCUACUAGCCCCGAGCGAGAAAGCAUGUUUACAGAACUGUUUGGUUUAAUUGAUAGAGGAACACUAAAGGCGCCGGCCCAUGAAAUGAUUGCAUUUAAGGAUUACGUAACUGGGGUUACUAACGCACUCAAUAUUCAAGGUUUUGUUGGGAAAAAAUAUUUAUUAAAGUUUUAGGCAUUUUCAGCUUGGCAUCAACAUCGAUAUAAUAAAUCUAUCUAAACGUUAACAAAUUUUUAAGAUGA